UACCACAACACCACAAUUCACUCCUCUUGCUCCGCUCCUCUCCUCUCCCGCCGGCGACCAUGGCGAAGGCCGCAACAGCAGCAGCAGCGGCGCCUCUCCACAGCGGCCUCCCGGACGAGAUCGCCAUCUGGGAGAUCCUCGUCCGCCUGCCCCCCAAAUCGCUCCUCCGCUGUCGCGCCGUCUGCCGCGCCUGGCGCAGCGCCACCUCCGCCCGCGACUUCCUCCUCGCCCACCACGCCCGCCAGCCCGCCCUCCCCCUCGCCUGCGGCCUGGAAGACGACGGUGGCAGCUGCUACUACCUGGCGGCCCAGCACCAGCCCGUCGCCCGGCUUGCCAAGGCCUUCUAUCUGUGCGCCUCCUGCGACGGCCUCCUCCUCCUCUCCAAGCGCAACCAGCUCUCCAUCUGCAACCCGGCCACUCGUCAGUAUGCUCCCCUGCCGGCGAGUUCUGCCUUCAUUCCGUUGGGAAUGUACCGGCACCGCCCCACAGGCGAGUACCGAAUACUGCUGUACAAGGAAAUUGGUCUUCCAGCGACCGACGGGCAAGAUGCCUGCCACAUCUUCGCAUUGGGCUCUGUCCAGCCGCCGAGGAGCAUCGGGUCGCUGCAGGAGGCGGAGCAACUGAGGUUCAGCGGGGUACCUGUCCCGUUCCGCGGUAACCUGCAUUGGCACCUGAAUAAGCAUUGGUACCUACAAAAGUAUUGGUACUUGCCCGAGAAUCAUGAGAGCAGAAGCAACAUUAUAAUUGUAUUCGACACCACAGCCGAGAGGUUUCGUGAGAUGUGUGCUCCGGUUGUUCCUGACCACCAUAAACUGUUUGAGAUGGAUGGCAUGCUCGGCAUGUCCAGCUUUAACAAUACAUGGCCAAUCAUUGAUGUCUGGAUGAUGCAGGAGCAGGACUAUGAAAGUGAGGUCUGGACCUUGAAAUACCGAGUUGAAUUGUCCAAUGCAGAUCUUCUCCUUGUGCAGUUUGGUCAGUUUGUCGAUUAUUGGAAUGUGGUGGUCGCCUCUUGUGAUGGCGCUGUGCUUGUGCUGGUCAAGUUUGGCAAGUCUAUACUUCAGUUUGAUAUUGAUGGCAAGUUGGUCAGUUUUCAUCACAAAGACCUCUUAGUUACUCAACAUCGGCUCAAGCAAACUCUUGUUCCACAUACCUUCUUUCCGAGACUAGAUGGUCAUUCCGUGAAUGCUUGGCCUUUCAUCUGAGUGGUGUUGAGUGAGUUGGUCCUUCUUAGAGGCCAACCUGUCUUUAUCCUUGAAGCCUGCAAUAUGUAUGAAUUUGAUCCACCAUGAGCCCUAGCUUCUUUAUCGAUGUAAUGCAAAGUUAUGAUCAAGAACCUCCUACUGUAAUAUGAUUGCAUGAAAUUCAUAUUUCUUUGGAUAUGGUUUUGGGCUGAAGUGGCUAACGGACAAGCUGAUGCUAAAAUUACCAACUCUUUGGGUAAGACUCACAAGUAAUCCAUGGAACAACAGCUACAAGCGAGGUUUGGGACUUAAAGUACCAAAUCAGACUGCCGGUUGAAGAAAUCAGGGGCCGGGUCGAAGAUUAUUAAGACUAUGGCUAUCGGGACAUUAAUGUUUGGGAUGUGAACGAUGUUUCGGGGGAUGAUGGCAUGUUCUUGCUGGUCAAUUUUGGUCGGUGUGUGCUUCACGUUGACACAGAUGGCAAAUUGAUUGACAUUUUCAAUUUUGAUCUCCAAGGCUUCUGUAUUUAUGAAUGUCGUCUCAAGCAAAGUCUGGUUCAGCAUACCUUUUUUCCGUCUCUAAAAGGUUAUACUGUGAAUGCUUCACCUUUCAUCUGAUUAUUGUUGUUGAGUGAGGUGGUGGUUCUUAACGGACUAGCAGUCGUUUCCUUAUGAGCUGCAAUAUCUAUGAAACGGAUCAACUAUGAGGCUGCUGGCAUCUUGCUUUUUAGGCAUUGAUGUAAUAUAAGUUAGGAUCAUAAGCUCUGAAUGUUAUAUUGCUUGUCUCCCUUUCGGUUGAACUGAUUAAUGCCGUGUUGAUGCUUUGCUCUGCUUUUAAAAUAUUUGCCACCUGAUCCACUUCACGUGUCUAUUUUCUGGGCAGGAACCGGCUUUGCUAGCGGUGUUCUUAGUUCUUAGUACCAUACUUCUUGAAUUGAAGAAUUGACAUUACCAUUUUUAUCUAGUGAUCUUCUUAAUAGUCAAUAUUAGUAGGGGUGUUACCUGUUUCUACCCUUUGUUGAAGCUGACGAUGAGCAUAGACAGAUUCUUUGUUGAUUUGCAAGCUAUAUCUGAAUUUUUAGAAGACCAUGGCGCACUGGUAGUUAAAUUAAAUGGUUGCAUCCUAGUCAACUGCUCAGUGAAAUGUUCUGUCAUAAUUCAUUUUUCAUAAGCCAGCAUGUGAAAUCAGAAUACAAACUCAUAGUUCGGAGCUUGAUACCAACCAGAGUAGAAAAUAUGCAGAAACUUGCAAUGUUUUUCUCUUCCUAGAAUCAAACUCAAGCACGCUAUAAAAACUUCACCGGGAGGAAAAAAAACUGGCAAGGUUAAUUGAUUAAGCUACAUGAGCAGGAAGCACUUUGGACGGUUCUGUACAAAAUAUACUGUUCUAUACAACUAGGCUUCUGAUACUAGUAGUAAUCUGGUUAUGUACAAAAAUCAAAACCAUCUGGACAAUGUUUCUGUACAAAGUAUUUUUCAGAUAAGUCGACCAAUAGUCUGCAGAUCAUAAACGUAUGUUGCCAAGAGUAGCAGAUUUUUUCCGACUAAACAUGGAGCUGCCGCCUGAAUUUUUUAUGUGCAAGACUUAACAUGAAAGAUCAUUUCUAUCUUAUGUAACUGCAGCUAAUGACCCUCGUGGUAAUUGGCAAGACACGAGGGACAUUUAAUAUAGAGGGGUUAUGGCUGGAAGAAGACACUUAGUUUUAUCUGCUUCUUCCUUAUAAGUUGAAGCCUGAAACACAUUUUCAGCCUGCAUGCUCUCUUCCCUCAGCUUGAAUAUCAUCUUUUCAGCCUACAGAAACGGAAGCCUACUAUUGUUUCUCGUCAGAGGGUGUUCUCUGAAAUGUAAGCAAAGUGAGAUAAUGAAGCAAUAUAAGCUCACCGAUGAUGCUAAUAACUUAAGAUGUACUAGUACUUACUUUGCAUAUAUAAAUUCCUGACACAAUUUGUAGUUGCUGCUUUCUAGAUAAUGAAGCAAUAUAAAUUCCUUCACAUAUUUUUGCCGGACUGGUGUUUUACUUUAACAUAUACUAUAUGCUAUUGGGAGGACACAGGUGUUGAUUAGAAUUAACAUAAUAGUGCAGAUGCAGUUGAUCGCCCAGAUUGCAUUUAAGACUAAGAAAUCAAAGCUGCACUCCUAAUGCAAGGGAAGAGCAGGCAGAGGGUUCAGAAUAGUAGUUGGAACUUGGAACAGAGACUUUGAUUGACCAGUGGGUGAGAGUCAAGACUCACAGGUGAUCCUUGGAACGGCAGGUCCAUGCACAACUACUUAUUCUCACCCUACAUCUAUAAAUUCUUCUUCAUCUCCAACUGGGGCAUCAACUCUUGUAUUGCGUCCUGGCUGAGUUCUUGUGAAGCUGUAGUCUGUAUUAACUAGUUGUUUCUGUGUUGGUGGAAUGGGUCCUCGCGGGCCUGGAGGACCAGAUUGGGGAGGCCCUGGCCCUGGUUCUUGGGGGCCUUGGUUUGGUGGCUUCUUCGGAUCCUGCUUCUACCUCCUCUGUUGUUGCUGCCUCCUCCAAGAUUGCUGCGGCCCAUUCUUCGGACCCCCGGGCCCAGGCGGCUCACCACCACCACCCUUCUGAUAGCAGCCCAACAUAUCCACCACAACGAAUAAUGCAGGCCUAAAUGUUGGCUGACAAGCGAACAUUCUGGCUGUUGGGAGUACCCCUUGCUACAGUAGUACACACACUACUGAAAAUAAUUGUCCUGUAUAUCUUGGAGAUGACUGUAUGCUCUUACCUAGUUACGUGGCACUUAUAUUGUUUGUACUGACUGAAUGCAAUUAUCGGUCUAUCUUCAAAAAAAAAGAAUGCAAUUAUGGUUACAUUU